AUGAGUGUUCGCGUGGUGGCUCGGAUUCGGCCCUUGCUGAAAACAGAGCGUGAUGUUGACCAGAUUCUCACCGAACAUGCUGGCGCCGACGAGAAGACGAGCAUCGUCAAGAUCCCCAACCCGAAGAACUUGUCCGAGGAGUACAGCUUCCAAUUCAGCAGCGUCUACGGCCAGGAAUCUACGCAGCAGCAGAUCUUUGAUGCCGAAGUCUCGCCCACCAUAAAACAACUGUUUCAGGGCAUCGACGUCACAAUAUUUGCCUAUGGCUCAACGGGAACGGGCAAGACGCACACGAUGCGAGGGGGAAGAGCACUCACCGAUCGAGGCAUGAUCCCACGACUACUAAGCAGCAUCUUCCGUAAAAGCAAGGCAUUGGAAAAGAGCAGCAACGGCGACACAACGGUCGACGUGUCAAUGAGUUACUAUGAGAUCUACAACGACCGAGUCUUUGACCUCUUCGAGCCGCCCGAGAAGAGGAACGCUACUGGGUUGGCCAUCCGGGAGGCCGAGGGCGGCAAGACUGUGGUUGUGGGCCUGACCGAAGAGCCUUGCAGCACGCUGAAAGAGUUUGAGGUCCUCUACGAUCGAGCCAAUGCAAACCGAAGUACGGGCGCCACGAAGCUGAACGCGCACUCCUCACGGAGCCAUGCCAUUCUUUGCGUCAAGCUGACCAUGACUACUCCGACCGAAACUCGCGUCAGUGUUGCAUCCGCUAUCGAUUUGGCUGGUUCAGAGGACAAUCGACGGACAGGAAAUGAUAAACAUCGCAUGGUCGAGUCGGCGUCCAUCAACAAGUCUCUCUUCGUGCUGGCACAAUGUGUCGAGGCUAUCGGAAAGAAGCAAAGCCGCAUUCCAUAUCGCGAGUCCAAGAUGACAAGAAUUCUGUCGCUUGGUCAGAACAAUGGCAUCUGCGUUAUGAUUCUCAAUUUGGCGCCUACCAAACCUUUCCAUCUCGACACUCUCUCGUCACUUAACUUCGCAAAUCGCACCAAGAAGAUCGAAGUCAAAGAAGUAGAGAAUGAACCAAUCUUCAAAGGUCCACCUCGGCAAGCUACUGGUACCUCGGGCACGACCAUUCAACGGCAACCUCUUCGACCUUUGACUCAUGUCAUCAACGUCAACCUGAAUGUAAACCGAGAUACGAAGGAGAAGCCCGCCAAAGCCUUCUCGGUAUAUUCAGACCGCAGUAGAGGGGCUCAAGUACAAAAGUCAUCCCCAUUGAAGCGGUCAGCCGAGCAUCAAGCAUCGAGCAGACCACUCAAACAGCAACGACCAUUAUCUUCCCAGCCAAUGACAUUAUCUUCGAAACGUCCUAUCCCUUCCGGACCAACGUUGUCAACCGCUAACCUCGAAGCUUUGAUCGACUCACGAGUCCGCUCCGCCCUAGCCACACAUACCCUCGCCGCACCGCCGCCCGCCGAGCCUCCAAUAUCUGAUGCUGUGCAAGCCCGUCUAGACUCGAUCGAAAAGAGACUCGAAAAUGUCGCCGAUGAGGAGCGCGCCGAAGGUAUUUCUUUUCUGUUCAUGGCCAAGCAGCACCAGGCACGCGGUGAGGACGUUUCGGCGCUGAAGAUGUAUGAGCUGGCCAGUGGUUAUUUCCCGGAGAACGAAAAGCUUCAGGCAAAGAUUGAGCGUUUGCGUGAGCGAGUUCGGAGAAGGAAGGCCGAGGAAGAGGAGCUGCAUACUGCCCGCGAAGAGCGAGUCCAGGAGAGCUCAAGGCUGGUAGCGGCGCGGAGAGAGCAAGCUCGAAAUACCCAGGAUGGAGAAGACGAAAGCUACAUUGUGGAAGCCGCCAGCGAUUCUGAAGAUGACGACUCAUACGCCUUGUCGUCCACUUCCUCACCAAAACGCGCGAAGCCACGCAAAAAAGCCAGUGGACGAGCCGGUAAGAAGCAGCGAGACAACGCUCACUCUAUUCCACACAACAUAUCCUCCCCCGAUCCGUUGGUCCAGGCUGCUCAGGCUGUUCCCUCUGGUGCUGACGGUCCGCCGACGCCACGCAUGCAACAUGUGCUCUCAAUCAUCAACUCACGCGACGUACACCAGAUCAAGCAGCUGCAAGGCGUGGGGCCGAAACGUGCGGAGGGAAUCGUCGGACUGUUGCAGGAGCUCGACGAGCAAUUGGCAAGCCACGUUGACGGGCAUGGUUCCCAAUGGAUCAUUGAGGACGAGCAAGGACUGGUCAGCCUGAAAGGCGUUGGCCAGAAAGGAGUGGCGAAGAUGCGGGAAGGCAUCGCGCUGUGA